AUGGCUAUCGAAACCCCCGCUAAAAGAGAUGCGAUUAUUGCCCAAUCGAAGGCUGAUACAACUAUUGUCAACUUGCUGAGACCAUCUAUUGCAUAUGAGAAUAAAGGUGGAAAAAUUGAAGAUAGGAGAAGGGUCAAGAUUUGA